UGUGAAUGGGUGAAUGAUCUAGGGGGGUGGUCCAUAUUGAACCACACUCCAUACCAGCAGGUGGCGGUUAUGCUGCUAAAAGCUUGUUGCAAACCGCCAAUAAAAAUCAAGACGAAGAAGAAGAAGAAGUAUAUCUAAAAGAUCGAGUGCAUUGUCUUGACGUUUUUAUUUCUGCCAGUACCCCAUCAAACCUUGAUCAAAGAUAAAAAUGGGAAAGCGACAGCACCAAAAAGACAAAAUGUACAUCACAUGUACAGAAUACACUAAUUUCUAUGGAGGGAAGCGAGCAGAAAUCCCUAAAGCAAACUUCAGACGUCUUCCAUUUGACCACUGCAGCUUGUCCCUUCAGCCAUUUGAAUAUCCCGUUUGCACUGCAGAGGGAGUCAUAUUUGAUUUGCUGAGCAUUGUUCCAUGGAUUAAGAAGUUUGGAACCAACCCGGCCUCGGGAGAAAAACUGGAAGCAAAGUCCCUCAUUAAACUCAACUUUGCCAAGAACAAUGAUGGAAAGCAUCACUGUCCUGUUCUGUACAACGUUUUCACAAACAAUUCCCACAUCGUCGCCAACAAGGUCACCGGAAACGUGUUUUCUUAUGAGGCUGUCGAGCAACUCAAUAUCAAGACCAAGAGUUUUAAAGACCUUCUGACUGAUGAGCCUUUUACCAGACAGGAUAUUAUAACUCUUCAGGACCCCACAAAGUUGGAAAAAUUCAAUGUGUCCAGCUUUUUCCACAUUAAGAACAACUUGAAAGUACUGGAUCCGGAUGAGGAAAAGGCCAAGCUGGAUCCAGCAUAUCACUUGAAGACCACAAACCUUGAGACUAGGGAAACCUUAGCUGAGCUUUACAAAGACUACAAGGGGGAUCAGCUCCUGGCUUCCACCAUGAAGGAACCAGAGGCCAAGAAGACAGACAAAUUAAAUGCUGCACAUUACUCAACUGGCAGAGUUUCUGCCUCAUUCACAUCCACAGCCAUGACUCCUGCAACAACACACGAAGCAGAUGCUAUUGCAGAUGACACUGUGAGGUACCAGUAUGUGAAGAAAAAGGGCUAUGUCCGUCUACACACAAACAAGGGAGACUUGAAUUUAGAGUUACACUGUGACAAGGUUCCCAAAGCGGGAGAGAAUUUUAUAGGUCUGUGUAAAAAAGGCUACUAUGACGGGACCAAUUUCCACAGGUCCAUCCGGAACUUUAUGAUUCAAGGGGGGGAUCCUACUGGCACUGGUACAGGAGGAGAAUCCCUCUGGGGAAAACCUUUCAAGGAUGAAUUUCGACCCAACUUGUCUCAUACUGGACGUGGAGUUCUGAGUAUGGCUAACUCUGGUCCAAACACCAACAAGUCUCAGUUCUUCAUCACCUUUCGUUCAUGCGCUUACCUAGACAGGAAGCACACUGUGUUUGGCAGGGUUGUUGGUGGAUUUGAGACACUCACAGCCAUGGAGAACGUUGAGAGCGAUACCAAAACGGACAAACCAAAGUCGGAGAUCAAGAUCAUAACAGCGACUGUGUUUGUGGACCCAUACGAAGAGGCCGAUGCUCAGAUUGCAGCAGAGCGAGAAAAAGAGCUCCAGAAGCAGGAGGAAGAAAAGCAGCAGGCAAGCAAUGCUUUGAAACAAUCCAAGGAGGACCAGCCUCCCAAGACCUUCAAACUAGGUGUCGGGAAAUACAUAAAUCCUGCCAUAGUAAAACGGUCAGCCACUGAAGAUGAAGGUGGUCCAUCCACUCGUGGAUCAGAAGCUAAGAAGUCUAAAGGCACAGCCAGCUUCGGAGACUUCAGCUCUUGGUAGCACAAGAGCUUUCAGCAUUUAUGUUAUAACCAUUCAGCCUGAGUCCAAGCAAAAACAAUUACAUGCAUAUUUUUGUGAUCUCCACUAACUUUUUUGCUUGUUUUUUUUUUUUUUUUAAACAAUGAAUUAAAUGAACUUUGUUUUCAUAAAUUCUGUGUUCCUUUCACAGUUCUGUAAGAUGGCUUUUGAAACCGUAUAGAGUAAUGAAACAGAAGUAUAGAUUUGAAAUCUUUUAUGACAGCUGUGUCUGAAUAAAAAUUGUGUUUGUGACGUGUUCACAGUGAGCAGUAAAAGUGUAAAAGCCAAAGUGUAGUGAAAAUCUCAAAUGGCUGGUUUUGUUUUUAUACAAAAUGUGGAUGACUAAAUACUUCCAAAUGUAAAUAAAUUUACUGGUGUGAGA